AAACAGCUGCUUCGCAACAACCCUCACUCUUAAACACUUCCACUACUAUUACAUACAAACACUCAAAGUUCAAAACAAAAAAGAGAAUAAUGUUACCAUGCCCAUAUUAACCCACGCGCCCCACGCGCUUCUCCCCUCCUUCUUCUUCUUCUUCUUCUUCUUCUUCUUCUUCUUCUUCUUACUUUCUUUCUCCUCCUCUGCCGCCGCCGCCUCCUUCUCCGACGACGUUGAUCCUAACCUCCCAUUCCAAACCACACUCUUCCAACCAACCGACGCCGUUUCACUCAUAACAUUCAAAUCCAAAGCCGACCUCGACCACAAACUCCUCUACCUUCUCAACGAACGAUUCGACUACUGUCAAUGGCAAGGUGUCAAAUGCGCUCAAGGCCGAGUCGUCCGUUUAGUCCUCCAAAGCUUCGGUCUCCGAGGUAAUUUCCCUCCUGACUCACUGAGUCGACUCGACCAGCUUCGCGUUCUCAGCUUGAACAACAACUCCCUUUCCGGUCCAUUACCUGAUCUCUCCGCUCUCACUAAUCUCAAAUCGCUUUUCCUUGAUCGAAACUCCUUCUCCGGCUCCUUUCCGCCUUCGAUUCUCACUUUGCAUCGUCUUCUCACUCUUGAUCUGUCGAGUAACAACUUCACUGGUCCCAUUCCUGUUGAGAUUGUUAAGCUUGAUAGACUUAAUUCGCUUAGACUCGAGUUGAAUCGGUUUAACGGAACUUUACCGCCGUUAAAUCAGUCUAUGCUUCUCGUCUUUAACGUCUCCGGGAAUAACCUCACCGGACCGAUUCCGUUAACUCCGGCGCUUUCGCGGUUCAGAGCUUCGUCUUUUUUGUGGAACGAUGUCGGUCUUUGUGGAGAGAUUAUCAACAAGGUGUGUAACUCACGCGCUCCUUUCUUCGAUUCGCCGUCUCCGUCGUCGGCGGCGGCUCAGCAACCGCUGGUUCAGAGCGCUGAGUCGUCGUCAGGUAACGGCGUUGUUUUGUCUCCUUCUUCUCCGGUGAAUCACAAGAAAACGGGCCUUAUUCUUGGGCUUUCGAUUGGGUCGGCCUUUGUAAUGGUGAUUCUAUUGGGCCUAUUCUCAUUCGCCAGGGCCCAUAAAUCAACAAUGGCUACUUCUUCUUUUUCUCCUUCACCUGAACAAGGACCUUCAUCACAUGUUGAAACCACUCGUGAAAUUACGGAAUUGCCCUCGAAAACAAAGGCAGUAGAAGAGUUACAGAGAGUUCACAAGAGUGGCAAUUUGGUCUUUAGUGCUGGGGAAGCUCAGCUCUAUAGCUUGGAACAAUUGAUGAGAGCUUCGGCUGAGCUACUGGGUAGGGGUACGAUUGGAACUACUUACAAAGCCGUACUUGAUAAUCAGCUUAUUGUCACUGUUAAGCGUCUUGACGCCGUUAAAACGGCCGUUAUUAGCGGUGAAGCCUUUGAAAGGCAUAUGGAUGGCGUAGGUGGACUCCGUCAUCCUAAUUUGGUUCCCGUUAGGGCUUUUUUUCAGGCUAAAGGAGAAAGACUCAUCAUCUUUGAUUACCAUCCUAAUGGAAGUCUCUUCAAUCUAAUUCAUGGUUCAAGAUCAACAAGAGCAAAGCCACUUCAUUGGACAUCAUGCUUGAAGAUAGCAGAAGAUGUAGCACAAGGCCUUGCUUACAUUCACCAAGUGUCUAGAUUAAUCCAUGGCAACUUGAAAUCCUCCAAUGUCCUUCUAGGACCCGAUUUCGAGGCUUGUUUAACAGAUUACAGCCUUGCCAUCUUGGCAGAUUCAUCAGCUAACGACGAUCCUGAUUCAGCAGGCUACAGGGCACCCGAAACAAGGAAAUCAAGCAGGCGAGCCACGGCCAAAUCAGACGUGUAUGCAUUUGGGAUACUGUUGUUGGAGCUGUUAACGGGUAAGCACCCGUCGCAGCAUCCAUUCCUGUUGCCUACGGACGUGCAGGAUUGGGUGAGAGCCAUGAGAGACGACGAUGUCGGGGAAGAUGGUCAGCUGGGAAUGCUGACUGAAGUUGCUUGUAUUUGUAGUUUGACAUCUCCGGAACAGAGACCAGCAAUGUGGCAAGUUUUGAAGAUGAUACAAGAGAUUAAAGACAGUGUUAUGAGUAUGACUGAUCAAAAUGCUUAUGCUGGAUAUUCAUAAUAAUCAUUUCAAUACUGGUUUGGAUUCUAAAUUAAGAACAUUCUUAUUAUUAUAAUUAUCAUGAAAAAGGUGGUUUUAAUUGUAUAUCAGGGUAGGUGUGAAAAAGCAAAGAAAGAAAAGUUUUUAUUGGCUAAGUUUGAACAACUUGUUUAUGGCCAAGCAAAACCUUAGGAGUUCUUUUUUUUUUUUUUUGUGGGAGAGGUUGAUUUCAUUCUAUUAACACAAGCAAUAUUAUUAUUAUUAUUUAGUUUUGUAUGUAAUUUGGAAUUUGGAUUGGUUUGGUUGGUAGGGAGUGUUAUAAUUUUGUGUCAUUUAUGAUGGAAAAGGUUUAAGAUGUGACAAUGUGGUAAUGUUUGGUGGGCUACGAUUCAAGAAGUUUCGCACUACUAUUGGGUUAUAUGUGAUAAAUGAAGUGUCAUACUACUAUACUAUUAAUUAGAUCAAAUAAAUUUCCAGUUUCAAAUAUUUUAGUUUAAUGAAUAUGUUUGGUUGAAUGAAA